UCCCACGAAGAAGAAAACGGAAGUGAACAGUGACCAAGAACAAUUUCCACUUUAGCGUUUUUAUUGUUGUCAUUUAGACGUUUAUGAACACCCUGGAACUCAAAAUAGGACUCAUUUAACGGCACAGCAUCACAUACUUACCAAAGGUAGUGUUUAAUUCGCAUUGCAGACAGGAUUUGGUUGAUAGAUUGUAUCUAGGUAACGCUAGCUAGCUGCUAACAAUGGCUAACUGUAUGGUUUUCCACACUCAAAUAGCCUCCAUCAUGGAGGUGCUAGCGAAUACAGCCGUGGCAGAGAUCUGUAAACUCGUAGACGACGACUAUGCAGUGUUUCGUUUGGAAAUAACUCAAAGCCAGAAAGAAAACAGGACAUUGCGGAGGAAAUUACAGCUAUUGGAACAGAAGGUGACACGGGAGCGCGUCCUCGCCAGUCGUCCCAGUAGUGUCAAGAUCCUCGACCGAUACAGAGGAAUGGCAAGAGGACAUCUCACUGGAGGCCACAGGAGCUUUGUGAAGCCAGCGAUGGACAAUACAUGGAGAGAUGACCAACCAAUCACUGUUGAGGGGAGUGGAACCUCAACCCAGCAUGUUAUUGUGAUAGAGUCUGCAGAUACAGAGGUUUCAGGUCCUGGGGUCAAGCAGGAGAGAACUGAAAGAGAGGACACAAGACACAGAAGAGACGUCCAGACUGGAGCGCCCCCUGUAUCCAGGGAGGACCCCGCCGCCUCGCCUCAGCCCAGGACACGACAGAGCAUCACGGAGGAGGAGGAGGGUCCAGAGGUGCUGUUGGUGAAGGACGAGGGCUGUGAGGAGGGUCUGGGGAACCCUGAGGGGACCAUAGUCAUGGAGGACAACAAGACUACACCUCCUGAACCCACAGAGGAACCAGCUGAGCAGCACAGGACCACACACAGUCUCACUGAGUCAGUAGACAUGGAGGAUGGGAAGCCUGAUCUGCUGCUGGUCAAAGAGGAGACAAUAGAAGAUGAACCAGAGAGCAUUGAUCUGCUGAGUGGACUAAAGAUGAGGGAGCAAGGUGGUUGGCUGGAGGCUAACAGAGGAGACUGGGCAGCCAUCUUGGAUUCCCAGACCCAGACCGGUGCAGCCAAAGGCCUAAGAGACAACAUCACUGAUCAGGCCAGGACCAGAGGCGAUAUAAUGGAGGUCAGUGGAUGGGACAGCAUCCUCAACUCUCAGCGGGGGAACUACACUGUUAACCAGAAAAAGACAGUCGAACACAAAACAAAAAACAAACUUAGUCUCCAUGACAACAGACUGGCUGAGACCAGGGCAAGGUGUAGAUUUGGUCUGCAGGGUCAGGGAGGUGUCCGUAUGCGGCUGGAGAGAACAGACACAGACUCGGCUAGCGAUGCUCCAUCCUGCUCCUAUAGUUGUGAUUCAGAGAGACUGAUGGAGCCUCAGGUUAACCCCCUAACAGGUGCUGCCUUCAGCCUGCCUUCUAUAGGUUCUAUCAACUGGAACAUGGACCCUGCGACAACACAGACACUUCCUGGCCUUCAUCCUCCUCACACUCUCCUAAUGUUAAACCAGACCUCAGACAAUGCCAGUGACUCAACACUAAAUGGCUACACAAGCCCAUUGACAAAUAACCAUAGUAGAGACGGAAUCUGUAAAGCUGGCAGCACCAAAGAAAAGCGCUUCCCAUGUUCAUUCUGUGGGAAAGCCUUCAGUUUUCCCAAACAGGUGGAGAUCCACCAGAGGACUCACACAGGGGAGAAACCAUUCAGCUGUACACAGUGUUAUAUGCGCUUCGCCCGGGCUGGCCACCUGAAGAGCCAUCAGAGGGUCCACACAGGGGAGAAACCCUUCAGCUGCCCCCAGUGUGAGAAGAGGUUCUCCCACCAGCACCAGCUGAAGAGGCACCUGAAGGUCCACACGGGAGAGAGACCGUUUGCCUGUAGCCACUGCGAGAAGAGGUUCUCAGAGAGGAGCUACCUCAGGAUACACCAGCAGAAAAUGCACACAGCCCAUGUAUAGAGUAUAGUGACAUGUAAUUUAGUACUAGUUAGUUUGUAGUUAAUUCUGUUGGUUUAGGAUGUAGUAGGGAACUGGAUGAGGUAACAUGAGGGAAGAAUGAGUAUGAUAAGGUAGAGUAGAUGAUAUGGUGAUGGUUGGUGUGAUGGUGUCUGUAAAAAUGCUUCACUGAUGUAAAGUGACCCUUGUCCUGUUUGAUGCUGGUGUUUUAUAAUGAGAAAAUGUUAGUGCCUUAAUUCAUUUUUACUUAAAAUGAAGUAGAAGAUGUGUGUAAUGUUGAACCUUUUCCAAAGUAUUCUAAAAUGUAUUUUAUCAAAGCGAUGGUUCCAGAUGUAUAUAAAAGUGUUACCAUAGUGAAGUUAUUCUCCUUGUGAUUGCCAUUUUGUUUAAAUGAAAUACUAAAUUGACUCUGCUGACUGACUUGGUUAUUUUGUAUAAUUUUUUAUAUUGAUUUUAGAAUACACUGCAAUGGCUCCAUCCAAGGCUUGACAUUUUAUAAUGUCAUGUUUCUGUGUGUACAGGAAAGAGUUUUUAAAUAAAGUUUUCUGCUUUUCA